AGUAUUGUUGUGACUUUUGGGGAGAGCGGUUGAUAAUUUGUGGCACUGACUGACGGUGUUAUCUCUUGCGAGGAAGGAAAAAUAUUUAAAAAAAAACAUCAAAAUGCUACGUCAUAUGUGCAGCCAACAUUUAAAUAAAUCUCUAUGGUUACAACAGCAAUUGCAACAACGUUGUUGUUAUCACAGUGAAAAGGGAGUAUUCGGUUAUCGUCCCAAAACACAACGUGAAUAUAAAGUACCGGAAGAUGUGCUGCAGUCAAGAAAUGCCCAGGGUAAUGUAUAUCGUUGGGUGGAAGCUUAUCGCAAAUAUGGCCACAAAUUGGCAGCCGUAAAUCCCAUAAGCAUCAAAAGUCAACAAAGUUCCUUAGAUGAAUUAAAUCCUGCAUUUUAUGGUCUUCAAACCCAAGAAAACGUACAGCCACAGGGUUUGCUUAAUGCCCCCGAUGUCGUCGCCACAACAACGACGACUGUAGGCGAAUUAGAGGCAAAAUUAAAAGAAAUUUAUUGUGGCAAAGCAGUUAGUGCUGAAUUUGGAUAUAUUGAGAACCUCGAGGAACGUGAAUGGUUGGCCUUACAUUUCGAACAGCUGAAUGCCCAGUCACAGCAAUAUCUGAGUAAUGAAAAUCGUAAACAGAUUGCCGAAUUACUUAUUAAAUCACAAGCCUGGGAUAAUUUUAUGGCAACAAAAUUUCCCACUGUCAAGCGUUACGGCGGUGAGGGUGCUGAAAGUUUAAUGGCAUUCUUUUGGCAAUUACUGCGCAAUAGUGUACAAGAUGAUCUCAAACACAUUGUUGUGGCAAUGCCACAUCGCGGACGUACAGAAUUACAAACUGUUCUAUUGAAUAUGAGACCAGCAAAAGUUUUUCGCAAACUAAGUGGAGAAUCUGAAUUUCCAGACGAUUGCCAAGCCAUGUCAGAUGUAAUAAGUCAUUUUCAUGUAUCGGAAGAUUUAAAUGUGGAGGGUAAAAGUAUACAUUUUAGUAUGGUGAGAAAUCCCUCACAUCUGGAGGCUGCCAAUCCCGUUGCCAUGGGCAAAACUCGUUCUAAGCAACAAUCUUUAAAGGAUGGUGAUUUUAGUGAUGAAGCCGGUAAACCUUUCGCCUCCUCUGUACUUAAUGUUAUACUGCAUGGCGAUGCUGCCUUUGCUGGCCAAGGUAUUAAUCAGGAAUGUUUGAAUAUGGCCUAUGUGCCACACUUUGAAAUUGGUGGUAGUGUUCAUUUGAUUGUCAAUAAUCAAGUGGGUUUCACUACACCCGGUGAUAGAGGUCGUUCCACCGAUUAUACCUCUGAUUUAGCUAAAACUAUACAAGCUCCCGUUCUGCAUGUUAAUGGUGAUGAUCCCGAAAUGGUUGCUUUGGUUACGAAAUUAGCUUUCGAUUAUCAGCGUCAGUUCCGUAAGGAUAUAUUCAUUGAUAUGAAUUGUUUCCGUCGUUGGGGUCACAAUGAAUUGGACGAUCCUACUUUUACCAAUCCAUUGGUAUAUGCCAUUGUCAAUAAUCGCAAGACCGUUCCCGAUUUAUAUGCUGAAAAACUUAAUGAACAAUCCAUACUCUCCACUGAAGAGGCUAAAAAAAUACACAACGACUAUAUGGACUACUUAAGCGAAGAACUGUUAUUAGCGCCCAAAUAUAAACCGGAACCAUCUUACUUUCAAAGACAAUGGCAACACCUUACUACGGCUUCAGACAAUAUAACCUACUGGGAUACUGGCCUUGAUUAUGGUUUACUAAAUUACAUUGGACAGCAGAGUGUAAAAUAUCCUGAAGGCUUCAAAGUUCAUCCACAUUUAAAGAAGACCCAUAUUGAGGGCAGAAUGAAAAAACUGAAUGCUGGUGAAAAAAUUGAUUGGUCAACUGCAGAAGCUUUAGCAAUUGGCAGUCUUAUGUAUCAGGGUUAUAAUGUACGUAUAAGUGGUGAAGAUGUGGGACGUGGUACUUUCUCACAUCGUCACGUCAUGUUGGUUGACCAGGAGACAAAUGAAAUGUUUAUACCACUGAAUGAACUCAAAGGUGGUCAUGAUGGUAAAUUGGAAGUGGCUCACAGUAUAUUGUCGGAAGAGGCUGUAUUGGCAUUUGAGUAUGGUAUGGCCAUUGAUAAUCCAAAUAACUUGAUAAUAUGGGAAGCUCAAUUUGGUGAUUUUGCCAAUGGUGCCCAGAUUAUUAUUGAUAAUUUUAUUAUCUCUGGAGAAACCAAAUGGAUGGAUUCGAAUGGUUUAGUUUUGCUUUUGCCUCAUGGUUACGAUGGUGCUGCCUCGGAGCACAGCUCCUGCCGCAUUGAACGUUUCUUGCAAUUGUGUGAUUCGAAAGAAUGUGCUGUCGAUAGUGAUAAUGUUAACGUACAAGUUGUUAAUCCCACUACACCUGCUCAAUAUUUCCAUGUCUUGCGUCGCCAACAAAUACGUAACUUCCGCAAACCUUUGGUGGUAGUUGCUCCCAAGGUGCUAUUGCGUUUAUCGGCUGCUACUUCUUCACAUACCGAUUUCGCCGAAGGCACUCAUUUCCAUAAUGUUUUGGGCGAUAAGACCGUACACCAAGAUUCAGUUAAACGUGUUAUCUUGUGUUCCGGCAAACAUUAUUAUAAUUUGGCCGACGAGAGACAGGCCCAAAAUAUUCAGGAUACUGCCAUCAUUCGUGUCGAAUCGCUGUGUCCAUUCCCCGCCUAUGAAUUACAGCAAGAAAUUGCUAAAUAUAAGAAUGCUACGAAAUUUGUUUGGGCUCAGGAAGAACAACGUAACAUGGGCGCCUGGAACUUUAUAAAACCACGUUUUGAAAAUUUGGUUGGAAAACAGCUGGAAUACUGUGGACGCGUUGAGGCGCCAACAUCUGCAACGGGCAUUGGAAAAGUACACAAACGUGAAGUUGAAGAAAUUGUAAAGAAGCCAUUUCAACUGUAAUAUGUAAAUGUUAAAUGCGACAAAAACAGUUAAAACGAGCCAAAAGACAGAAAAAAAAAAUAAAAACAAUCCAACCAGCUAACUAACCAGGACAACCAACAAAUGUAUUUUAAAUUCACUCAUACAUAAAUGCAGGCAUAACUAUGUAGUAUUUACAUGCAUGUGUAUAUCCUGUAAUGUAUUAUCUUUAGCCACUUCCAUUUCCUUUUGGUGCUGUUGUUAAACGGAAAUUUAGUAAAUAAUACAAAAAAAAAUUCUAUACAUAAAGUUACAUAGCAAUUCAUAUACAGACAUAACCAUAACCCUGACACUGGCCCAAAAACAUAACUGUAUAAUCAAAGGAUGUUGUUUUUGUGGUAUUGUAAUAAAAAAAAUAUAUAUUUUUUU